AUUCUCCACUGAAGAGUUCUGUAAUUACUAAUCUGUAAAAAUGAUGAUAAUGUUCCUCUAGUAGGAUGCUAUUAAUAUAAGAAUCUCAAUACAAGCAAGUAAUUACUUAAAUUGUUAACUAAAAAUUUGUGGGUAGUCUUUUCUCUCAGUCAGAAGUGGAACUAUGGAUUGCCUGGGUGGCUCAGUCAGUUAGUUAAGUGUCUGACUCUUGACCUUGGCUCAGGUCAUGAUCUCAUAGUUCGUGAGUUCGAUCCCCAUUUUUUCAGUGGCCACAUUUUUUGAUAUUGGCCUAAGAAAUAACAUCUUAAACCCAGUAUUGCUUGAGGUGAUCAUUCUGGAUUUUAAACACCAGGGUUUAUGAACCAAUAACUUUUGUUUACCUUUAUAUCAGUGCUGAAUGUUUGAUAUCAAACAGACUAGAUAUGAAAUACACAUUAGAUAGGCAAAUAUUUAAACAUUCUCUGCUAUCUCUCAGCCAUACCAGCCUCCUUUGUUGGUCUUGGAAUAUUUCUAUUUUGAAAUGGGAAUAAAUUUUGUUAUGUACCAGCAGACCAUGGCUCUGCUUUUUUGUAGGCUGCUCUUAGAGACACUAGGAGGAAUUGACUGGGCUGUCUCUAUUAUUUAGUGAUAAGUGUCUCUGAUUAAUUUGCUAAUUCACUUCCUUAUUAUUUCUCUAAAUAAAGGUUGGUAUUGAAAAUGUUUUGAGGGAUGAUGGAAUUUUAGGUUUUUUUUAUAUAAAAUGAAGUAUAAAAAUAACUGCUAUUUACAGAAAUCAAGUUAUAAACUUUUAUGGUAGUACCAGUUUUUUAAAAAUGCAAGUUUUAUAGGUGGCCAGUAUUAAAUUUUAUCCUUUUUCUGUACCUAACCCAGCAAAUAUGAUUAACUGAUUAAAAAUAAUGACUGUGGGGUUGCCUGGGUUGCUCAGUGGGUUAAGUAUCCGACUUCAGCUCAGGUCAUGAUCUCAUGGUUCAUGGGUUCGAGCCCCGUGUCAAGCUCUGUGCUGACAGCUCAUUGCCUGAAGCCUGCUUCAGAUUCUGUGUCUCCCUCGCUGUCUGCCCCUCCCCCACUCACACUCUGUGUGUGUGUGUGUGUGUGUGUGUGUGUGUGUGUGUCUCUCAAAAAUAAAGAUUAAAAACAAUUAAAAAAAAAAUGACUGUAGGAUGAGUAGAUGAAAAACAUAGCUAAACUGUUGAUUUAAAAAGUUGCUCACCAGAGGCUCACGGCUAAAAUGAGUGUUUUAGAGUUAUAUGGCUUCAGACUGUUAGGCACAGCACUGCCAUAUGAUCAGAUAAAAAUUUAUAUAAGAAAUUAUUUGAUAAAAGUAAAAAAAAAAUUUAAGAAAGGCAUUUGAGACACUAAAAAACAAAUGUAUCUUUAUUUGCAUAUGCAGACUCUAGUUCAAAACCCCCUUCUCAAAUGAGAGAAGUCUUUUCAUGUUAAUUUAAUAGAACCUAGAAAGACCAAUAUCAUUUUCCACAUUCUUAGUACUUACCCUGUUUUUAUUUUUUUCCCUUUUUUAAAGAUAAAAUUCACAUACCAUAAAAAUUCAUUUUAAGAUGUAAAAUUCAGUUUUUAAAAUAUAUUCAUGCUGCACCUUUCUAUCACCCCCCAAAAGAAAUCCCAUAUCCAUUAACACUCACUCUCCAUUCCCCCUUCCAACGAGCCUCUGGCAACCACUCAUCCAUCUACUUUAUGUCUCUCUGGAUUUGAUUUGCCUGUUGUGGACAUUUAAUACAAAUGAAAUCAUAUGAUAUAUACCCUUUUGUGUUAUGCUUUGUUUGUUUUUCUGUUUUGCCUUUUGUGGCAUGCUUUGACUUAGCAUAAUGUUCUGAAGGUUUAUCCAUGUUGUAGCAAGUAUUAGCAUUUCGUUCUUUUUAUAGCUGAAUAAUACUCCAUUGUAUGGAUGGAUAUACCACAUUUGUUUCCCUUUAGUUCUAUAGUUCCUUCUCCUUCUCUCGUUGUUAAACUGUUAGAAUCUAUAGCCACCCUCCCUUCUGGAAAGGGACUGCAGAACAGAAAAAAUGAAAUAUAUAUUGUCUUAAAAGAUACUGUCCAAGAAUUUGAUUUAUCAAAUCUUUGUACAUACUAUACUGAUAGCAUAGCAUAUGACACAUUGAGUCAUUUAGUAAUAGUUUGAAGAAUAAAUGAUUUAAUUAAAGGAAUCCCAAAUAUAGUCAGUUAGACACUUAUUUAAGUUUGGGAGGUUGAAUUAACCUUGCAAAACAGGAAUGAAACUUAAGGUCACCUUUGAAGUUUUAACAAAGCUAUCCUAAAAUGAAAUUGAAUAAUACUAAGUAGAAACAGAUAACACAUAUAAAAGCAAUAUAUUUUCUAUAAUGGGUAAAACUAUUUGGUACCAAAAGAGCAGAAAACAAAAACUUAAAAAGUUAAGAGUCAAAAUUCCAGGACAAGAAGGAUAUGUGAAAAAGUCAUCUAUGCAUGUAUUUUCCAUCGAUUAUCAAAUCUCAUAGUUGUAAUUUCUAAACAACUAUUUUAUAAGUAACUCUUUCCAUUAUGAGGGUAGGUCUGUAUUUUGUUGGAAGUGUUUCAGUAUAAUUUUUACCCUAUAAUCACUCUCACUUUAUUCUCUGAGAUUUCAUAGGGAAAACUAAAUCAUAAGUUCACUUGCUAGUACCUCUGACAUUUCAGGACAAUUCCUGAUUCAUGGAUCCUUUCUCAUUGAGACCCAUCAUUUUCAGUUUUUAGAACUACAGGUUUCCCUCACUGUCCACAAACAGAGCAUUCCCUUGAAGUCUUUUGUAAGCUGAAAAGGCAUAAAAGGGAAGGAGUAAUUAUUAUUAAUAUAGAUUCAUAUUAAAUUUUUUGAGCAUUCUCAGACUCCAAUUAUAACCUCUUUUAAGAUUUUCUAAUACCGUAGGAUAUAUCUUGCUAACAGAUGCAUAAAAUAAGUUAAAGCGCAGAUGUUCACAGGCACAAUUUAAAGCUAUGGUGUCUUGAUGCUAAAUGUAGCUCCCAGGGGAAGGAGCUCAGCUUUGCCACUCUUGCUUUGAUGGCUCACUGCAAAACAGGCCCUGAAAUCUACUUUUGCUUUUUUUCAUAAAAGCAAAAAUCCUUUUUGGAUUUCUUUUGGUUAGUGAAAACAGGUACUCAUGUAGGUCUUUCAUAAAAGCAAAGUGGUGUGGGGCACCUGGGUGGCUCAGUCGGUUGAGUGUCUGACUCUUGAGUUCAGUUCAGGUCAUGAUCUCAUGUUUGCUGAGUUCGACCCUGCGUCAGGCUUGGAGUUGAGUGUGGAGCCUGCUAGUGAUUCUGUCUCUUCCUCUGCCCCUUGCCUGCUUGUCCUUUUUCUCUCUCUAAAAAACUGAAAAAAAAAAAAAAAACAAAACCAAAAAAACACAAAAAACCAAACUGUCAUAAUGUAAACUUUCCAAAAGCGGGGGAUACCUGUUCCUUUGGAUUUCUUGAGGGAAUGUGUAACUGGAAAAGGAAAGUGCUCAGCAGUUGUUUCCUUUGACCUAGAAGAGACUAAACAGGAAGAAGAAUCAUAAUUGGAGAUAAAGAACUUGAUAAGGUUAUAAGACAUUGCAAAGGCCUGGUAGAGGUUUGAGAUUCUGUCCGUUAAGAUACUUUGAGAAGAGAUUAAGAUAGCAGCUACCAGAUUUGAAUGAUUUAAUUCAGUGACUGUCACUCUUUUUACCAGGACGCUUUAUAAUCAUAAAAAUUAUUGAGGACCCCAGAAAGCUUUUGCUCACUUAUGUUAUAUCUAUUUUACUGUAUUAGAAACUAACACAGUCUUAUAAUGUAAUAACAUAAUAAGCCCAAUAAUAUGUUGACAUCAAUAACAUUUUUAUAAAAAAAUGUUUUUGUCCAAAACUAAUUUUAAAGAUUUAGUGAAAAGACAGCAUUUUUACAUUUUUGCAACCAUCUUUAAUGUCUGGUCAGCAACAAGACAGCUGGGUUCUCAUGUCUGCUGUAUGAAAUCUGUUGCAGUAUUUUUUUUUUUUUAUUGAAAUGUAUAAAGAAAAGCUGGCCUCACACAGAUAUGUCAUUGGAAAAGAGGUACCUUGUCUAUCCCCUGAAAGAGUUUUGAAUACUACACUUUGAGAGUCUCUAAUUAGAUCUUUGCUAUGCAAAGUGUAGUUCCCCCACCAGCAACAUUGACAUCCCAGGGCACUUGUGAAAAAUGUAAAAUUUUCACUUCAUCCCAGACAGCUCAAAUCAAAAUCUGCAUUUUACGAGUUCCAAUGGUGAUUCAUAUGUACGUUAAAGUUUGAGAAGUAUGAGCUGGAACAGUGAUCACCUGACGUCCCUUCCAGUCCUGUGUAACAUAGACUAAAUAAGAUAAUGCCAAAACGUUAUUUGAAAAUAAUUAUUCCAUCAUUCAUGAAAUUUUUUUACUAGCAUUAAAAGUAACCAGACUGAUUUAGAAAUUUUAUCCUACUUAAUUGCAUUUUUUUUCCUGACUUAUUGAGGAGUUGCUUUUUUACUUUUUUAUUUUAUUUUUUUACAGAGAGCAUAUGAGUGGGGGAGAGGGUCGGGGUCAGGGAGUAAUGGGGGGGGAGAAUCUCAAGCAGGCUCUAUGCUCAGUGUGGACCCCGGUGUGGGGUUCGAUCCCACAAUCCUGGGUUCAUGACCUGAGCCAGAAUCAAAAGUCAGACACUCAACCAAUUGAGCCACCCAGGUGGCCCAGGAGUUGCUUUUUUAAAAAGCAAAAUAAUAAGUCAAGCUGUGGAAGAGAUGGAAUAAAAAGCUUGAGAAGUUCUUUAAGUCAGUGGAGCUGUGUUAGGAUUCUUAGUUUCUAGCGAUACUGCAGGCAUUCACUUGUGCUUUAUUUUUCCUCUCAGCUGUGAGAAUUUAGUUCUGUAUUAUCUACAGUCCCUUAUUCUGUCCUGUCAGUCAUUAUAUUUCUUAUCUGGGAAAUGCUGUCUUGAUUUCACCAACCUCCAUCUGUAUCUUCUGGCUUCCAAUUAAGAAUAACAUCAUCCAUGUCCUUUUUUAGUUUUCUAAAAUUUUUCUCAUGUUUUGAGUGCUGAGAUAAAUGUGAGGAUUGAAGUAAAUACAUAGAUUAUAUAAUGAUUUAUAUAAUUAUGUAAGCAAUAAUGAUGACUCUUGUGUUGAAAUGCACCCUGAUUGUUAAGUCUGCUUUGGAUAUAAAUUUAACUAAUGUUUUAAAGUGUAUGUUAGCAUCAGUGCCUAACUAUUGGUCAUUUAAUAAGGAAGCAUGUUGGUUAUCUAUUCAGAGCUCAUAGGGCUCCCUGAUGCAAAUCCCCCACCACCCCUACUAAUGCCUUACCACCACCAUCAGCCAGUGCUCCUGCCACUCCAUAUUUCUGGUUUCCAUCCCAGAUCUACUAUGUAUACCUUAGUAUAGUCAGUAAACACUGAAAUAGUAAUUACAGUAAAGAAGGUGGAUUUCAUAGACAUAAAGAAGUAGGGGAUUUUGAUCUCCUUCCAGAGGGUCAGAGACAGUGUUCCAGUAAAAAUAUGUUUAAGCUGAGAACUUUAGUGGCCUAUUGUGACAGAGGUGGUGAAGCAAAUUUUGUAUGAAGUAAUUAUCAGUAGCUUCAGCUCCUUGGCACUCUUUAUCAGGAAUAUUUUAGGAUUUUUGGAAGAAAGUCAUGCCAGUAUCAUUCUCCUCUAUAUUCCCAUCAUACUCUACCUCUGUUUUAUUAAUAUAAUAAUUAUUAUGUUGAUAUUAACUAUUGUUCCUCCCCUCCCCCAUUAGAACUGAGCCCCUCAAGGACAGGUUUCUUUUUUCCUCUUAGAGAGCAAUUCACUACUACAUGUCUGACCCUGCAGUGGUGCACUGUCAUACAAGUAGUGGGUGACAGCAGUGUAAAUAUUAAUAAAUAAUACAUCAUUUGUGCCAGGCAUUGCAUCAAACACUUUGCGUAUGUUACAUAGCUUAAUUCUUCCAGUAACCUGGGGGUGGUAAAGAGUAAAUGCUACUAUUAUCAACAUUUUGUGAAUAUAGGUCUGAAGCCCAGGAAGUCUAGCCCAAGAUUACAUAUUUAGAAAAUAACAGAGCAUUCUGUUAUUUUUGUUAUUAUCUGAUUCCAGAUCCCCUGCUUAUAUCAAAAUGCUGCAUCAAAUCCAUAAAUGUCAAUUACAGUGUCAAAUCUGUGACCUAAGGGUAUUUAAACUUGUCUGUGUAAGUGCUGAUGUGGAGGGGGUAAAUAUAGACUGUGGUUUAGUAAUUACAUUCUAUAGUGCACUGAUAAUAAAUUGUUGCAUGUCAUUGUUCUGUACAUGCAGUUUAUUCAGGUCUGUACUUGAAAUAUUACUUGCUCAGAGAGGCUUUCCCGAAAAUAUUUUUUAGUGUGCACACACUUCUAUCCCCUGAUGGUUUUAUUUUUCUUCAUGGCUUUUGUCACAGGUUUAUAGUAUUCAUCUGAAGCCCCAGUUAGUAUACAAAUUCUAUGAAUUGGAGAUUUUAUUUGACUUGUUCGUUGGUUGUAUUUGUAGUAUUUAGAGACUGGCAAGUCAUAGGCACUCAGUAUUUGUGAAAUGAACACACGGAUACAGAACUGUAGAGAGUGAAACCCAAUUUUACGUUGCCUGUGGAGGAACUGGGCUCUGGAGUUGGGUCUCCUUGAGUUUAAAUCCCAGCAAUGUCCUUUCCUAGCUGUGAUACUUUGGGCAAGUUAUUUAACUAAUCUGAACCUAAGGGGUUUAUGAGGAUUAAAUGAGUAAUGUGUGUAGAACAUAACAAAGUGCCUGACAUGCAGUUAUCAAUCAGUACUUAGUAGGUAUUGCUGUUAUUAUCGUUAGCAUCGGUAUUACAUACUUAGUAGUGAAUUACGUUCUCUCAUUCCAUUCUUUAUCCAGUGACAUUCAGUAAAUCACAGUUAUAAAAUGUGUUUAAUGAACUUAAAGUCAAGUUUUUUUUUUAAUUUUUUUUUUUUAACGUUUAUUUAUUUUUGAGACAGAGAGAGACAGAGCAUGAACGGGGGAGGGUCAGAGAGAGGGAGACACAGAAUCUGAAACAGGCUCCAGGCUCUGAGCUGUCAGCACAGAGCCCGACGCGGGGCUUGAACUCACUGACCGCGAGAUCAUGACCUGAGCUGAAGUCGGCCGCUUAACCGACUGAGCCACCCAGAUGCCCCUAAAGUCAAGUUUUAGAAUGAAUGAGCUAACAUUUAUUUGUUAUUUUGCUUCUUGCCAAUAAUCUUGAAAGUGCUUUGCAUAUACUAUCUUAUCUUUAUCCUGGUAAGUAGAUAAUAUAUUCAUUUCACAGAUAAGAAAAUAGAAUCACAGGUUAAGCAUUUUGUCCCAUGGACAUGCAGGAGAAAUAAUAAUAAUAAUAAUAACAAUAAUAAUAAUAAUAAUAAUAAUGGUGGUAGUGGUUGUGGUGUCAGAAAUCAAGCAUCACUAAUAUGACAAUAACAGACCUUAAAGUUUUUUCUUUACUUGUUUUUUAACUUUUUUUUUAGACCUCGAGGGAAAAACAUCUGAGAGUAAGGAAAUUAGGGUACAUGGACAGCAUAAGACUGAUAUAGCAUGUUUUAGCCCUGUAUAGAGAGGUUCACAAUACCUCGUUUAAAGGAGAAAAACUUCAGUUGUCUUGAAAAUCUGCCAUUGGUAAUGAGAAAAUCCAAAUAAGAGUAAUGAGCACAAUUUUUGUCUGCUAUUAAAAGAAUAGAAACUACAGUAAGCAAUGUCGUCAGUUUUUUUUUUUAUAUGAAGGAUAGUGCACUUGAGGUUGGAGCCAUACACAAGCUUUCAUGAAUCCGGAGAGUAAUGAGCCUUGGGGAAUCAUGAGGUAAACUAAUUUCCUUUGAUAGAGCUAGGUAGAUUUUGUAGGAAGUUUGAAGAGGUUUGUUUUCCAAUGGGAUCAUAAGGUAUGUUCAAAUUCCUGUAAACUAAUGGUUCAUACCAAUAAGAAUCUGGCUGAAUCCAGCCUCAUAACAACCAAGUUAGAAAUAAUGGGGAUUUUUAAUUACUUUGUUUGUGUAAUUUGACUUUGUCACUGAUUCCAUUAGCCAUUGGAUUGCAAGAUUUGAACAUUCUGUCUGGGAAAAACAGAACUAAAGCAGUUAGGGUGAAAUUCCUUUUACUUUUUUAUAUAACAGAUUACAAUUCACCCCACCUUUUUUUUUUUAACUGAAACAAGUGAUUCCUGAUUAGAUAGUGUUUGAAAAGUUGAGGAAAACUGUAUGUUUUUCUUUAGCAGCUGGAAUUUUUAUAGUAAUGCAGAGAUCUAAAUCCACUGGAAUUAGCUGACAUGAUUCCUUUAUAAAUUUUAUUCGUGUUUCCAUCCAGUAAAUUUGGAUUCUGCAUGUAAAAGAAACCUAUGUGUAUCAUGGGCUAUAUCUUGGGGACGUUUUGCAUGAUUUUCAGAGGCAUUUCAUUAUUCUGUGAUUUGAUUAAAAUUAAAGCUUCUUAAUCAGAUUGUUAUUCUUAAACCAAAGAGUUCUGAGUAUCAUUCUUAAUGUUUUAGGUACUAAGGAACUUGGGAAAUCCUUAUUUCAGAAUUUCUCAAAAAAGCUGUUUUGUUUUUUUUAUAUUUGCUGAAUGUUGCUGUAUAAUUCACAGGGCAUUAGACUAUAGAAUAAAAACUGCUAGAAUAUAGAAUGAUAGUUUCUAUACUUAAGUAUGUUAUAGCAAUAUUGAGUUUCUUGGUAUCUUAAAAGUAAUUUACAUGCCAAAAGAUAUAUAGAUACUUUGUAAUUGCUACCUUCUCAUUAUAUAUGAUUUGUAGUAUACCUUGAAAGAAGUGUAGAACUCAGUUGGCUAAAAAAAGUGGGGAGUAGUAAGAGUAUUCUUAUUAGUGAAAAUGUGCACUAAGUAUUUGGUGAACAAGUAACCGGUUUGACUGGACUUAUUUUGGGGAAGAGAAGAGUAGAGAAGAAGGCGGAAGUUGGAUUGUGAGGGCUUUUCACACCAGAUCAAGAAAAUUUAAAAAACCGGAACAUGGGCUAGAAGUAACAUUGAACUAGGCAUUGUGGAAUCUGGAUUCUAGGUUUUGCUUUACCAUUGACGACGAGGCCGUUACCCAUAAAAACCGAUUCUGUUUUAUUCUAGGUGCUAAAGAUGAUACAGUGUAUCUGGCAGGUGUCUAAUAAGGACUAGAGUGGACUAGACUAGAUACUUCAUAGAUGCCAGUUGAAUUAAUGAAUUGAUUCUAGCUUUGAUAUGGCAUUAAUCUCUCUGGGCCAAAAUGGUCUCAUUUGAAUAAGGAGGACCUCUCAGAUUCUUUCUAGAUCUGUGAUCCUAUGGCAGUCUUGUAGAUGUGGAGAACUAUUAACCAUUUUUGAGUAGUGUAAUGUGAGUUAAAUGAUGUCAAGUGACUGGAAAGGGCUAAAUGUCAGAUGAUUAAAUGAAGCCAGAUGGUUGAUCUGGUCACAAUAUAAAAUACAAAUUGGAGAUGGAGAGAAUAGAAACAAUGAAGCCCAUCUGAAAUUGGUUAAGUUUAAAGAGGUGAGGUGUUAAUAAUCUGGACUUUGGUGGUCACAGUUGUUAUGCAAAAGAAGCAGUGAUUUUGAGAGGUAACAAAGAAAUUAGCAAAAAUCUCAUUUUGCCUGGCCAGAGAUCUUUGACUGUUGGAAGGACAGUAGGAAUACUAGUAGCAGAAGUGUUUACCAGUUGCUUUAAACAUUUAUCUUUGUUUAAAGAGCUCAUAGAGAAUAAUAAUACUUAAGUAUUUUGAGAGAAGUAAGCAUCCAAGAAUGACUAAGUUUUCUGUUCUGGAUCAUGGAAAUAGUGAUGAUACCACUGAAAGAAAUGAGGAAAUUUAGAGAAAAGCACUGACUUAAUUAAAGAGAAAGAAGAAUUAGAGCUUAGAUGUAAACUCUUGUACAUAUAUGUGAAUGAUAUUUUUAUUGUAUAUGUUGAAAACUCUUAUUUUGAUAUAUAGAAAAGACUGGUCUAGAUAUUUGUGCCUGUAUUAUACCUCUGUCCAAAAAAAGUGAUCUCAUUGUGGUUUUGUGUGUUGCCCAGCAGAAUUUUAAAAUCCAGGUAACAAGUCACCUGUUUUCUAGCUCUUUCAUUUUCAUUUAGCUAGCAUAGUCCUAAGCAAGCUUACUCUCAAACAUUUAAGUUAAAGGUAAUGCUGGACCACAUUACUGUAUUUCUGACUAAUACCUGACAUUCUAAACUACCUAGUUAGUGAUGAAUUGUGUUGAGCCAAAGAUCAAUAACAACUAGUACUUUGAAUAGGACUUUAUUCUGUUACCCAUUAUAACAGUGCAAUGAAAGUGCUUUUUCUACCAUCUUUGUUAGUGACAUGAAGAAAAACCUUUCCUUAAUCACUAAGUCAAAGUAGUAGUUAUGUGGGUCCAUGAGAUCUUCCUGGAAAAUGGGAAUAUCUUUAGGUUUAUAUGCAUGUUGAGGCUUUUAAUAAAAGGGAAGGGAGAAGAGUAAAUUUUUACCAUUUCCAUGUACUAAUUCACAGCCUUUUUUUUUUUUUUUUAAUGUAACAUAAGAGAGUAGUAAGGCUUUAAUAUCACCUCUUUUUAAAUUAGGUAAACAUUUAAAACUAGGUAAUUAUUAUCCACAGUUUUCGAGUGAGUUUAAGGGAUGUGGUCCAGGUCCCACACACAAACCUGGUGUAUGAGAAGUUGACCUGAGAACCCAGCCCAGUAUCAUGAUUUCCUUCAACAGUGUUCUUUUGGCUACACAUUCAGAGUUUAUGUUUUGGUUGUUGAACUCAAUCCCUAUUUUCAUUUAAAAGCAUAGUUCCAACACGAUGAGGGGUGAGAGAGUGUUUAGAUAAAUAGAUUUCUAGUGUGGGUUUUGAUGUCAAGGAGGCAGAACCUGUGGAUAUAAUGGGUGGAGCUUUGAGCAAGUAAAAAUCUUAUUUUGCUUGUCCUAGGUUCUGUUGCUUUUAGAGGAGAAACAGGAGGUGCAGAAGCAGAAGAGUUUCCCUGUUGUUCAGCCUGUAGCUUUGUUUAAAGGGCCUAUCUAGAAUAGUAGAUUAUUGGCUAAGCAGAGCAAACGGAGAAUUGGAGAGUCUGAGAGUUGGAGAAGCAUGGCUAGUGUUAAACAAGAAUCUAUGCUUCGAUCUGACUUUGAUGUCUGCCUUACUUAUGCUGUAGGCUAACUUACUCUGUUAAUUUAGGUCUUAUCAAUUUCCUCUCUUUUCCUCUAACUGUAACAAGUGUAUUUUGCCUUUUGUGAUGGAUUUUACAAAGAAAGACUUCUGCUCAGUGUUUGUCAUCGUAAAUUCUCAUUGUUGCUGCUGCCCUCAAAAGGAUUGUGUAAAUGAGGGAGUGAAGCCUGCCAGUUUUGACAAAGUAGCAAUUCCUGAAGUGAAGGAAAUUAUUGAAGGAUGCAUAAGGCAAAACAAAGAUGAAAGAUAUUCUAUCAAAGACCUUUUGAACCAUGCCUUCUUCCAGGAGGAAACAGGGGUACGGGUAGAAUUAGCAGAAGAAGAUGAUGGAGAAAAGAUAGCCAUUAAAUUAUGGCUACGUAUUGAAGAUAUUAAGAAACUAAAGGGAAAAUACAAAGACAAUGAAGCUAUUGAGUUUUCCUUUGACUUGGAAAGAGAUGUGCCAGAAGACGUUGCUCAAGAAAUGGUAGAGUCUGGGUAUGUCUGUGAAGGUGAUCACAAGACCAUGGCAAAAGCCAUCAAAGAUAGAGUAUCAUUAAUUAAGAGAAAACGAGAACAACGGCAGUUGGUACGGGAGGAACAAGAAAAAAGAAAGCAGGAAGAGAUCAAUCAGAAACACCAGGUAGAACAACAAUCAAGUACUUCCCAGGCAGGAGUCAAACAGAUCCCAUCUGCUAGUACUGGCAUGCCUCCUGCUUCUACCACAUCAGCUUCAGUUUCUACACAAGUAGAACCUGAAGAACCUGAGGCAGAUCAACAUCAACAACUACAGUACCAACAAACUAGUAUAUCUGUGUUAUCUGACGGGACGGUUGACAGUGGUCAAGGAUCUUCUGUCUUCACAGAAUCUCGAGUGAGCAGCCAACAGACAGUUUCAUAUGGGUCCCAACAUGAACAGGCACAUUCUACUGGCACAAUCCCAGGGCAUACAGCUUCUGUUGUCCAAGCACAAUCUCAGCCUCAUGGGGUAUAUCCAUCCUCAAGUAUGCCUCAGUCCAUGGCGCAUCCGUGUGGGGGGACCCCAACAUACCCAGAAUCACAGAUAUUUUUCCCAACUAUUCAUGAACGUCCAGUUUCUUUUUCACCACCUCCCACCUGUCCACCGAAGGUGGCCAUUUCCCAGCGGCGUAAGAGCACCUCCUUCUUGGAAGCCCAAACUCGCCACUUCCAACCCCUGCUGAGGACUGUUGGCCAAAAUCUUCUUCCACCUGGUGGCAGCCCAACUAACUGGACACCAGAGGCCGUAGUUAUGUUGGGCACUACAGCCAGUAGAAUAACUGGAGAGCCAAGUGAGAUACAGGUCCAUCCUAUGUUUGAACCAACUCAAGUUCACGGUGACUAUAGACCUGGACUAGUACUUCCAGAAGAAGCUCACUAUUUUAUUCCUCAGGAACCAGUGUAUCUAGCUUACCAGGCCCAGGUGACAGAACAGUAUGAGGGUAUUCCAUACAACUCACCAGUACUGUCAAGUCCUAUGAAACAGAUACCUGAACAGAAGCCAGUACCAGGGGGCCCUACCUCAAGUUCUGUCUUUGAAUUUCCAUCUGGACAGGCUUUCCUGGUAGGACACCUUCAGAAUUUAAGAUUAGAUUCUGGAUUGAGUCCAGGAUCUCCCCUCUCUAGUAUUUCUGCACCUAUCAGUACUGAUGCUACACGUUUGAAAUUUCACCCUGUCUUUGUUCCUCAUUCUGCGCCCGCUGUGUUAACUCAUAACAAUGAGAGCAGAAGCAAUUGUGUAUUUGAGUUUCAUGUUCACACUCCAAGCUCCUCUUCGGGAGAAGGAGGAGGAGUCUUGCCUCAGCGUGUUUACCGAAAUCGACAGGUUGCAGUGGACUUCAAUCAGGAAGAACCACCUCCUCAAUCAGUUGGAUUACAUGGCCGCCUACAGCCUGUGACUGAAGAACAGCGUAAUUACCAUGCCCCAGAAUUGACCGUUUCUGUGGUAGAGCCUAUCGGACAGAACUGGCCAAUAGGAAGCCCAGAAUAUUCCAGUGAUUCCUCACAAAUUACUUCUUCAGACCCCAGUGAUUUUCAAUCACCUCCCCCUACAGGGGGAGCAGCUGCACCUUUUGGCUCUGACGUCUCAUUACCCUUUAUCCAUCUGCCUCAGACAGUGUUACAAGAAUCCCCACUUUUCUUCUGUUUCCCCCAAGGAACCACAUCUCAGCAGGUUUUAUCUGCCUCAUUUUCUUCAGGAGGAUCUGCACUCCAUCCACAGGCACAGGGGCAAAGCCAGGGUCAACCAUCCUCAAGUAGCCUAACAGGGGUUCCAUCUUCCCUGCCCAUACAACAUUCUCAGCAGCAGCAGGGAGUACAGCAGACUGCCCCUCCUCAACAGACAGUGCAGUAUUCACUUCCACAGACAUCAACCUCCAGUGAGGCCACUACUGCACAGCCAGUCAGUCAGUCUCAGACUCCACAGGUCUUGCCUCAAGUAUCAUCUGGAAAACAGCUUCCAGUUUCCCAGCCAGUACCAGCUAUCCAAGGCGAACCUCAGAUCCCAGUUGCGACACAACCCUCAGUUGUUCCAGUCCACUCUGGUGCUCAUUUCCUCCCUCUGGGACAGCCACUCUCUACUUCCUUACACCCCCAGUAUCCUGUCUCUCAAAUUCCCAUAUCAACUCCUCAUGUGUCUGCGGCUCAGACAGGUUUCUCAUCCCUUCCCGUUACAAUGGCAGCUGGCGUUAAUCAGCCUCUGCUCACCUUGGCCUCAUCUGCUACGGCAGCUGCGAUCCCAGGGGGACCAACUGCGGUUCCUAGUCAGCUUCCAACCCUUCUGCAGCCUGUGACUCAGCUGCCAAGUCAGGUUCACCCACAGCUCCUGCAACCAGCAGUUCAGUCCAUGGGAAUACCAGCUAACCUUGGACAAGCUGCUGAGGUUCCACUUCCCUCUGGAGAUGUUCUAUACCAGGGCUUCCCACCUCGACUGCCACCACAAUACCCAGGAGAUUCAAAUAUUGCUCCCACUUCCAGCGUGGCUUCUAUUUGCAUCCCUUCUACAGUCCUAUCCCCUCCCAUGCCGACAGAAGCACUGGCUACACCGGGUUACUUUCCUACAGUGGUGCAGCCUUUUGUGGAAUCAAACCUUUUGGUUCCUGUGGGCAGUAUAGGAGGACAGGUUCAAGUGUCUCAGCCAGCAGUGAGUUUAGCACAACAAGCCCCCACUACAUCCUCCCAGCAAGCAGCUCUGGAGAGUACUCAGGGAGUCUCUCAAGUUGCUCCUCCAGAGCCACUUCCAGUGGCACAGGCACAACCUACCACUUUGGUCUCUUCUAUAGACAGUGCACAUUCAGAUGUUGCUUCAGGAAUGAGUGAUGGCAAUGAGAAUGUCCCAUCAUCCAGUGGAAGGCAUGAAGGGAGAACUACAAAACGGCAUUAUCGAAAAUCUGUAAGAAGUCGCUCUCGUCAUGAAAAGUCCUCACGUCCAAAAUUGAGAAUUUUGAAUGUUUCAAAUAAAGGGGACCGGGUAGUAGAAUGUCAGUUAGAGACUCAUAAUCGGAAAAUGGUUACAUUCAAAUUCGAUUUAGAUGGUGACAAUCCUGAGGAGAUAGCAACAAUUAUGGUGAACAAUGACUUUAUCUUAGCAAUAGAGAGAGAGUCCUUUGUGGAUCAAGUACGAGAAAUUAUUGAAAAAGCUGAUGAAAUGCUCAGCGAGGACGUCAGUGUGGAACCAGAGGGUGACCAGGGAUUGGAGAGUCUACAGGGAAAGGAUGACUAUGGCUUUGCAGGUUCUCAGAAAUUGGAAGGAGAAUUCAAACAACCAAUUCCUGCAUCUUCUAUGCCACAGCAAAUAGGCAUUCCUACCAGUUCUUUAACUCAAGUUGUUCAUUCUGCUGGAAGACGGUUUAUAGUGAGUCCUGUGCCAGAAAGCCGAUUACGAGAAUCAAAACUUUUCACUGGUGAAAUAUCAGAUACGGUUGCUGCCUCAACAUCCCAUGGCGCUGGAAUGAACUUGUCUCAUUCUGCUUCAUCCCUUAGCCUACAACAGGCGUUUUCUGAACUCAGACAUGCCCAAAUGACAGAAGGGCCCAAUACAGCACCUCCCAACUUCAGUCAUACAGGACCAACAUUUCCAGUAGUACCUCCUUCCAUGAGUAGCAUUGCUGCAGUCCCAACCACAGCAGCAGCCACACCUUCAAUAUCAGCCCCUGCAACUAGCAGCCCUCUUAAUGACAUGUCCACAUCAGUAAUUCAGUCUGAGAUUCCAGUGCCCACUGAAAAAGGGAUUGGUGGAGUUGCCACCUGCACAGGUGUGAUACCGUCAAGUGGUCUCCCUGUACCUCCUAUAUCUGAAUCACCAGUAUUUUCCACUGUGGUUUCAAGCAUUACAAUACCUACAGUUGUCUCAAUAUCAACAACAUCCCAGCCAGUUCAGGCUUCUAUAUCUGGGAGUGUUGUUUCUAGCAUAGGCACUUUGCCAUCUAUACCAGUUUCAACGUUAGCCUCUGCUGCGGGCAGUGCUGCUGUCUCAGGUGCUAAGCCUCCACCUGUAGUAUCUCAACAAGCGACAGGCAGUACUUCUGGGGUAGCCACGUUAACAUCCAUUGCUGCCACCACUCCAUUCCCGAGCAUAGCUUCCCAGCUGCCUCUUCAGCUGAGCAGCAGCACCUCUGCUCCUACUCUAGCUGAAACAGUGGUGGUUAGUGCACACUCACUAGAUAAAACAUCUCAUAGCAGUACAACUGGAUUGGCUUUGUCCCUGUCUGCAUCAUCAUCUUCCUCCCCUGGAGCAGGAUUAUCUAGUUCUGUUUCUCAGCCUGGUGGGGUGCAUCCUUUGGUCACCCCAUCAGCUAUAGCUUCUACUCCUGUCCUUUCUCAAGCAGGAGGACCUACUUCUACACCUUUAUUACCCCAAGUACCUAGUAUCCCACCUUUGGUACAACCUGUUGCCAGUGUGCCUGCUGUGCAGCAGACACUAAUUCAUAGUCAGCCUCAACCAGCUUUACUUCCCAACCAGCCCCACACUCACUGUCCUGAAAUAGAUGCUGACUCACAGCCCAAGGCUCCUGGAAUUGAUGACAUAAAGACUCUAGAGGAAAAGCUGCGGUCUCUCUUUAGUGAACACAGCUCAUCUGGAGCCCAACAUGCAUCUGUCUCACUGGAGACAUCACUGGUAGUAGAGACCACUGUCGCACCAGGCAUCCCAACCACUGCUGUUGCACCAAGCAAGCUCAUGACUUCUACUACAAGUACAUGCUUACCACCAACAAGUUUGCCAUUAGGGACAACUGGUUUGUCAGUUAUACCAGUGGUCACACCUGGACAAGUUUCCACCCCAGUCAGCUAUGUGUCCGCCCCAGUCACCACUACGUCAGGAGUGAAAGCUGGAACUGCUCCAUCAAAGCCACCUUUAACUAAAGCUCCAGUGCUGCCAGUGGGUACUGAACUUCCAGCUGGUACUCCACCCAGCGAGCAGCUGCCACCUUUUCCAGGACCUUCACUAACUCAGUCCCAGCAACCUCUGGAAGAUCUUGAUGCUCAAUUGAGAAGAACACUUAGUCCAGAGACUGUUGUGGUGACAUCUACAGUUGGGCCUGUGUCCGUGGUGGCUCCAGCAGCAGUUACAGAAGCAGGAACACCGCCUCAGAAGGAUGUUUCUCAAAUCACAGAAGGUCCUGUCCUGGGAACUAGUUCAGGAACUGGUGUUUUUAAGAUGGGACGAUUCCAGGUUUCAGUUGCAAUGGAUGAUGUCCAAAAAGAGGGUAAAAAUAAGUCAGAAGAUGCAAAGUCUGUUCAUUUUGAGUCUAGCACUUCAGAGUCCUCAGUACUAUCAAGUAGUAGUCCAGAAAGUACCCUGGUGAAGACAGAGCCUAAUGGGAUCCGUAGCAUCUCAUCAGAUAUGCCAGAUAGUGCCCACAAAACUCCUGCCUUGGGAGCAAAGUCAGAAACUGGGCAGCCUACAAAGGUAGGACGCUUCCAGGUGACAACUACAACGAACAAAGUAGGUCGUUUCUCUGUAUCAAGAACUGAAGACAAGAUUGCUGAGGCAAAGAAAGAGGGACCAAUGGCAUCUCCUCCUUUUAUGGAUUUGGAACAAGCUGUUCUCCCCGCUGUAAUACCAAAGAAAGAAAAGCCUGAACUGUCAGAGCCUUCACAUCUGAAUGGGCCAUCUUCUGACCUGGAGGCCGCCUUCCUAAGCAGGGAUGUGGAUGAUGGUUCAGGUAGUCCACACUCCCCCCAUCAGCUGAGCUCAAAGAGCCUCCCUAUCCAGAAUCUAAGUCAGAGCCUUAGUAAUUCAUUCAACUCCUCUUACAUGAGUAGUGACAAUGAGUCAGAUAUUGAAGAUGAAGAUUUAAAAUUAGAGCUGCGAAGACUACGAGAAAAACAUCUUAAAGAGAUUCAAGACCUGCAGAGUCGCCAGAAGCAUGAAAUUGAAUCUUUAUAUACCAAACUGGGCAAGGUUCCCCCUGCUGUCAUUAUUCCCCCAGCUGCCCCUCUUGCAGGGAGAAGAAGGCGACCCACUAAAAGCAAAGGCAGCAAAUCUAGUCGCAGCAGUUCCUUGGGGAAUAAAAGCCCCCAGCUUUCAGGUAACCUGUCUGGUCAGAGUGCCACUUCAGUUUUGCACCCCCAGCAGACCCUCCACCCUCCUGGCAACAUCCCAGAGACUGGGCAGAAUCAGUUGUUACAGCCCCUUAAGCCAUCUCCCUCCAGUGACAACCUCUAUUCAGCCUUCACCAGUGAUGGUGCCAUUUCAGUACCAAGCCUUUCUGCUCCAGGUCAAGGGACCAGCAGCACAAAUACUGUCGGGGGAACAGUGAACAGCCAAGCCGCCCAAGCUCAGCCUCCUGCCAUGACGUCCAGCAGGAAGGGCACAUUUACAGAUGAUCUGCACAAGUUGGUAGACAAUUGGGCUCGAGAUGCCAUGAAUCUUUCAGGCAGGAGAGGAAGCAAAGGACACAUGAAUUAUGAGGGCCCUGGAAUGGCAAGGAAGUUCUCCGCACCUGGUCAGCUGUGCAUCUCCAUGACCUCAAACCUGGGUGGUUCUGCCCCCAUCUCUGCUGCAUCAGCUACCUCUCUAGGUCACUUCACCAAGUCCAUGUGCCCCCCACAGCAGUACGGUUUUCCAGCUCCCCCCUUUGGCACUCAGUGGAGUGGGACAGGUGGCCCAACACCACAGCCACUUGGCCAGUUCCAACCUGUGGGAACUGCCUCCUUACAGAAUUUCAACAUCAGCAAUUUGCAGAAAUCCAUCAGCAACCCCCCAGGUUCCAACUUGCGGACCACUUAGACCUAGAGACAUUAACCAAGUAGAUUUGGGGGCAGGAGAUGGAAUGCUGAGGGGUGGGCGGGAGGGGGGAAUGGGAAAGUAGCCUAUAUACUAACUACUAGUGCUGCAUUUAACUGGUUAUUUCUUGCCAGAAAGGAAUGUUUUUAAUACCGCUUAGAGCCCUCAGAAUUGAGAAUCUCCCUCCCCCUUCACCAUUUAUUGGAGUGGAACAAGAGGGAAAGAGCAGCUUUCUUGUGAUGGGGCGGUUUCAAACUAGGCUUUCCUGUUCUCUACACCCAAUAGCAAGGGCUAGGAAAGAGAAUCAUUUAUCAGAAAGCCACAAGAGAGCUCAGUCAGUGGAAAAACCAAACCCCAUCUGGAUUUUCAAGUGGGUGGAGCUCUAAAUGUUGGUACCCACCCCAAAUCCCUUAUUCCCUCAAGAAUCCAAACCACAACACAAAAAAACAAACAAAAAACCUAUUGGGCUCUCUCCUACCCUGUUCCCCCCUCCCUUUUUUUUCUCUUUCUUUGUUUCUUCUUUUGUUUCUUUCUUUCUUUUUGCUCUUUAGAACCCAGUGAAAAACACCAGGGGACUGAGGUUUCAACCCUUUCUUAUGAUAGGUCAUUAGUGCUUUUAAGCAAAUGAUAUUAGCAGCUUUGACUGCAGCAUUAGCAAUUAGGAAAAAAAAUUAAGUUCCCUGCGGACAUGUAACUUUGCCAUCAGUUUUGAUGUGGAAACACUGUGAUAUAUAAAUGUUGUUGGACAACAGUAGUUUUAAGAGUAAAAUACGAAAGGUUUAAAAAGUUGAAAAAAAGCAAGCUCUGUCCUUUACUUAUUGAGACACUUUAGCUUUUUUCCUUUGUAUUUCCAUUGUAGUAGAUAAAUAAAUGUGAAUGUAAGAUUGUAUAAAUUACUGUACUUGAAUACUUCUGUUCUCCCAGUAUUGCUUGCUGGAUAUUUUAGUGCCUUGGACUUCUACUGCUUCUGCCAUUAGCACCAACUUCUCAUCAGACCCCAAAUCAGCAGAGGGCGUGUGAAAGGAUAAUAGGUCCAUGUGACCCCAGCAGAGGAUUAUGCCAAAGGGAAACUGAAAGAGUAUUUUUUUUUUCUCUUAAGUCAUUCAAUUUUGUCUAGAGCAGGUGUAAGAUGAGCAGGGUGAGAAGUUAAGUUGACAUCAGUGGUUGAAAGCAGAAAGUUCUGUUUCAGGAACAGUGAGGAGGGGUUUCGUAACAAAAUUGGACAAUUUAAAAGAUUAAGGGUGGUGUGUGAUAAAUGAAGAAAAAGGAAGACUAAGAAUGGGAGAACAAACUCGUUAUGAAGAUAUGUGAUGCCUGGCCUGUGGGUGCCAUAAGCCUUACUUGAGCCAGGCUGGAACAGACAAGACCUAGUAGAAAUGGCUGAAUAUAAAGGGAGUGGGGGCUAGUUUUUAAGUUGGGAAACUGAUAGUGAAGAGUCACAGAUGGAGAAAGUUGCUCUAAGAAAAACUGUAUGGAUUGCUUUCCUCUUGUUGCAAAUGUCUCCUGCAUUUCCCAGCUUGGGGUACUGUAUUUUGUGGAAAGUGGACCCACAUCUGAAUUAAGCAUUGUAAGAAAGAGUGCUUAUUCCUACUCAUUUCCUAUGUGAUGUCCAGAUGGUUGCAGAAUCCUAAGUCUGUUGUGCCACCUCUUUUUCUAGAAUUGCAACUGAUAUUCUCACAUUUUCAUAUAAACAAAUACUCCCCUUAAGUAAUAACUGCAACCAAUCAGUAUUAUUUAGUGCUAUGCCUAGUUGUAAUGGGCAGUUCUGUUAUUUUCAGAGCUUUCAGGAAAUACUCCUAAUUGGCUAUGUUUAGAUCUCUGUUAUCUCUGAAGAUGGGGAAAGAAGCUAGAACUCUUACUUUAGGGGGUGCUUCUUUUCACCUGAGUUGGGAAAUUAACAUAGUGCUGAUCUCUGACCCACCUCAACUGGCACAUCCCAGGAAUCCCAAUAGGAAGAGCCUGGUUGGCUGUCCUGUCCUGCCGUUCCUUCAUGGGUCCUGUGUUAAGUUAGCCUAGGUCCCAAAGACGCAAAUGAGAGCUGAAGGUUUAGUUUAGGAAAGUAGAAAUUAACAGGGGUUCCAAGCCCUACUUCAAAGCUGUUUACUUAUUUAUUCUCUGCUUAAGAUCCUUGGGGAGAUGGUAAGAGUAAGAAUAGAACAAAGAAGGUGCUGAGUAAAUGAGAAACGGACCACCUAAGAUGAAUGAAACUAUACUUUCUACUGGAGGAACGAGGGAACCAAAUGCAGCACAUUAUUUUUUGUUAUUUUGGCUUAAUUUUGAGAUCUCUUCACUUACACACAAAAAGUAAGAACUGGUUUUAUUUACUGUUGAUUUUUCUUCCCUCCUGUGGAUGAAAUAACUGAAGCCUAGAGGAAUGAACUAGCGCUACUGAACUGUUUAAAUUAUUUUUGUGUUAAUAGUACACUUUGAGUAUCUUUUUCCACAUUACAAAAAUCUUUCUGAAUUAUAAAUGUUUUCCUUACAUUAUUUAACAAUGUACACUGUUUAGAAAAACAAACUAAAUUCAAACCUUGGGGGUUUCUCAGCAGCCGUUAAUUGUACAUUUUGCACUAACUCUGGGUGUUGCGCUUCUUGUAAGAUUGCGCUUUGUGCUUCAGUUUGUUACCUUUGUAGACUUAUUUAAUGAAACCAUUCAAAUAAACCAAACUUGCUUUUGUUGA